AUCAAAUACCAAAGCAGUCGCGUGUGUUAAAUUUUUAACAGAUUGAAAAUAAGAAAAUGUCAAGCAAUAUACUGGAGGAGCAAGGCGCUGUUGGCGGCACAGAGACGGACGAAGUGCAAGUGGAGUCCAAUGGAGUACCUGAGCAACAUGGACAGCCGCACAACGAGCUUCUUGAUAUGGUCUUUACGUUGGAGAGUGAAAAACAGGCGCUCUUGGAGGAGUCUCGCAAACGAAUAGGAGCACUGCGCAAAGAUUUUGAGAAUGCGCGAUCUGAGAAUGAGCAGCUAAAAAAGCGUGUGUCCAAUUUGGAGCAAUCACUUAAGCAGUCUGUGAUGCUGGGCGGCACAGAUGCGCCGAAAUCUCGCCAGGAGCAGGAUGAGCUGUUGCUCAAGGCCAAAACUCUGCUGUUUGAAAAGACCAAGGUGAACAAACAGCAGGAACAACAGAUAAGUGUGCUCAAGGAGCAAGUGGAAUCGGUAAAGGAGGUGCUGCAAGUUACUAAAGAUAUGCUGCAGUUGAAAACUACAGAGUGCGAACAUACGCAAGCAAGAUUGGAGAAGAGUCAAUUGUGGAUCAAAGCCGAACAGGACAAGUGUGGGCUGACGGAGAAGAAACUGGCCAUAUCUAAGUCUGUAUAUGACAAGCUCCGCACAGAAUAUGACACUCAGUCCAAGAUAUUUAAGGAUCUGAAAUCGGCUUAUGAGCAAAAGUUAAAGGUGCUGAGCGUUGCAUUGGAGGCAGCCAAAAAAUAGUUGAACAAUUUAAUAAAUGCACAAAUAUUGUUUACAUGUUAAAUAAUUUAAUCAGCUUUGCUCUGCGCCUUAGUUAACACAUCAUAAGGUCUAGGC